AUGGAAGAACAUAUGAGUGGGAGGAGCUCCUAUUCCAUUUCCCAUUCCCACUUACUAUUGGCCCAAUUAAAUAAGAAUAAAAAAGCUUCGUGUGUAAGAGAAGGUAAGGUAUUUGGUAGUGACACUUUUGCUGCUUUUCAUUAAUUCUAUUAUCAAGAAGAUGAAGAGUCUUCCUUUCCUAUCAGUUAUUAUAACACAUUUUGAGUGUGCUAUAAAAAGUGUCAUUAAUCUGAAACUUUAGCAAUCUGACAGUGACACUGUUUCCAGCCUCCUAAUUUGCAAAAAGAAGAAUGAGAAGGGGGGGGGAGGAAAUUGCACUUGGCUUCAUCAUAAUCUUCACUUUAGUUCCACUCUUGUCAUUUUAGCUGUGAAUUCAUUGUUUCUUAUCCCCAUACAAUAGAAGCUGCUGUCAAAAUCGGCAGUGUUUCCACUCAGGAAAAAUAAAUCUUUUAAAUGUUUUUCUGCCAAUGCUUUUUAGAUUAUAGUUAUUUGAAACUCUAAAUGAAGUCCUGAAAGCCUCAAUAUACCACUAGUGUUGAUGAUGUUGAUCAGCAAAGCACAAUGAAGUAAAAGUAUUUCACAGAUGUUGCUAUUGCUAAUAAAAUCCACAUAGGGAGAAGACUGAAAGCAUAUAUAAUAUCUUAUGCCAAUCAAAUGAAGCAGUUUUCUUUUCCUUGUUUGAAAAAUCAAAAAGGGGAAAAAAAGUAAUACAUUCCUAGCCCAAAUCACCCCCAGGAACAAAGGAGCAAUUACUACCAGUAAUCUUUCUUCAAUAGCCUUUGCUAAUGACCAAAUAUUACAUGGAAUGCAUGGGGGACAGCCAGGUUAAUAAAGACCAGCAGAUAAUGCAACCUUAAAUAUUUACUCUAAAGGUAUUUUAUAAUUUACAAGAUGUAUUGUGUGAAGCUCAUGCUGCAAGGACAGACCCAGAGAUGAUGAUGAUUGAUUGAUUGAUCUACAGUGGUGUCUCGCAAGACGAAAUUAAUUCGUUCCGUGAGUUUUUUCGUCUUGCGUUUUUUUUCGUCUUGUGAAGCACGGUGUCAGAAAAGCUUUGGAAAAGCUUCAAAAAUCGCCAAAGUCCUCAAAAACCUCAAAAAAGGCUACCACACCGCGUGCUAUGAGUUGCUCCUUGAAGUCAAGUCGCAACUGUAUUAACGGUUUUAAGAAAAAGGAAACAAACUUGCAAGACGUUUCCGUCUUGCGAAGCUAGCCCAUAGGGAAAAUCGUCUUGCGAAGCAACUCAAAAAACCAAAAACCCUUUCGUUUUGCGAGUUUUCCGUCUUGCGAGGCAUUCGUCUUGCGAGGUACCACUGUAUUUAAUUUCUACAUCGCCCUAUACCCGAAGUUUUCAGGGUGGUUCACAUGAGAUAUCAAAUACAUAAAAUCAAAACAAAACCAACAACUCAAUAACACCCCCCCCCCAAAAGAACCAGCAUUUUUUAAAAGGGUAUAAGAUGUAGAUCAAGUCAGGCAAGGCCUGGUUGAAAAGGAACAUUUUUGCCUGGUGCCUAAAGGUGUAUAGUGAAGGUGCCAGGCAAACUUCCCUGGGGAGAGCAUUCCACAGAUGAGGAGCUACUGCCAGGAAGGCCCAUUCUCAUGUUGCCACCCUCCUGACCUCUUGCAGAGGCACACAAUGGGCCUCAGAAGAUGAUCUCAGGGUCCAGGUAGGUUCAUAUGGGAAGAGGCAGUCCUUGAGGUAUUAUGGUCCUGAGCCAUUUAAGGCUUUAACCAGCACUUUGAAUUGGGCCUGGAAACUAAUUGUAGCCAGUGCAGUUGGACCAGGAUUGGUGUAAUAUGCUCAAACCGUCUUGCUCCAGUGAGCACCUGGCCGCUGACUGGAAUCAGAGUCACGGGUAAGUCAGAGCUGAGUAUUUCAGCAGAGCCAGGAAGACCUUGUUGCUCACAAAGGAAGCCUUUCUUUCUGGCCUGCCCAGGAAUGUCCGGCUCUCAAGUUUGCACUGGUAGGGGUAGUUUGAGACCAGUCUGUCCCAAACUGGUCCCCUCCAGAAUACAACUCUCACAAUCCCAGACCAUUGGCUAUGCUUGCUGGGGCUGAUGGGAGUUGUAGUCCAAUAACAUCUUGAGAGAACCAAGCUGCAAAAGCUGUCCUAGAUAAAUGCUCUAAACUGCAUGAAAUAUACUCGGAGUCGAGUGUGGAUUUCAUGCUCUUUAUUCAGCUUAUAGUAGUGAGGAAUGCCAGUUCCCCCGAAAUGUCUGCUUAUAUACAUUAUUUACACAAUGGGCCCCACGUGAUUGGCUAAUUCCGGGAUUCUCCUGUAGGCCAAUCAGGUUGCAGAUUCCCUUCCACCUGGAGUUGGAUUUGGUGGCUCCUGUGGACCAAUCAGACUGCUGCAUUCUGGAUCCUAUUGUUCUGGGACCAAUCAGACUUCUGCAUUUUGGAACCUAUUCAACUCAGUACAUAACACUGCAGUUCUGUAGUUCACCACAUGGAGCACCCAUAUGCAGUUCCAAAAGUUCCUAGCUUGAGCUGAGAUAUGAUAACAUUGACAUAGAAUUCACUUUCUUCUUAAAGGAAAUCCAUGGUCAUUUGAGGUAUUCUUUUUCUGCAUAUUCCAAUUUUCUCACUGCAGUGCCUCUAGAGAGAUUUCCUCUGAAAACAACCAUGAAGAAAGAAACACAAGGCCAUG